AUGGAUUCAGCCGCGGUGCAGCACGGCUGCGCGCAUUACAGCCGUGGGUGCAGCGUCGUGGCGCCCUGCUGCGGCCAGGUCUUCGCCUGCCGCCAUUGCCACAACGACGCCAAGAACUCGCUGGAGGUCGACGACCCGCGCGACCGGCACGAGAUCCCCCGCCACGAAAUCAAAAAGGUGAUAUGUUCUCUCUGCUCCAAAGAACAAGACGUGCAACAGAACUGCUCCAACUGUGGGGCCUGCAUGGGGAAAUACUUCUGUGAAAUAUGCAAAUUCUUCGACGACGAUAUCUCAAAGGGCCAAUACCAUUGUGAUGGAUGUGGCAUAUGCAGAACCGGUGGUGUCGAUAACUUUUUUCACUGUGAUACAUGUGGGUGUUGCUAUAGCAAUGUCUUGAAGGAUUCCCACCGCUGUGUCGAAAGAGCAAUGCAUCACAACUGCCCUGUCUGCUUCGAGUAUCUGUUCGACUCCACAAAGGAUAUCAGUGUGCUGCAAUGUGGGCACACAAUUCAUCUGGAGUGCAUGAACGAGAUGAGAGCGCACCAUCACUUCUCGUGCCCGGUAUGCUCGAGGUCUGCCUGCGACAUGUCCGCCACGUGGCGGAAGCUUGAUGAGGAAGUUGCGGCGACGCCAAUGCCUGACAUCUACCAGAAGAAGAUGGUAUGGAUCCUAUGCAACGACUGCAGCGCGACCUCGAGCGUGCGGUUCCACGUGCUGGGGCAGAAGUGCCCCGGGUGCAGCUCCUACAACACCCGGGAGACGAGGGCCGUGUGCCCCAGGAUGUGA